GUUCUGUUGUACAAACAUAGGCGUUUUCAGUGGGUAGAAGGUCGAUAUUACGAUAACAGAAACCACCUGCGCACGUCCCCGUCCAUUCUCAGACAGAAACUCGACCGAGCAGUAGGACCAACGACAACCUAGAAAAUCGAGAGAUGAAGACGUCUCAGAUCUUUGUAAUGCUGGUGACAGUUUGCCUGGCGCACGGUUUGGAACUAGAAGCAAAAGAUGACCCUGAAAAGGUCAUGGCCAAAGUUGACAAGGCCACCGUGGCUAAGGUGAUAGCAGGGCUGAUAUCCCCUGCUGCUGGGAUUGUUAUAGGCAUUGCAGAGCUUGUGAAAUAUCUGACCAAACCAUCUGUAACAGUUGCCCCAACGGUACCUCCAGCGGAACUUGCCUUUUUGGAUGUGGACAUACCAGGCGUAACGGACGACCCAAGACGACUGGUGGCCGUCCACGCCUACACGAAAGGUUUAUCGAACGCAGCCACUGCAGCUUGUACACUGCCGUUAGAUGAACCAGGAUUCGGUCUUAUAGAUGAUAAAAAUCUGGGCUUGGGCAAAUCCGUCAAGACCCAGGACUGCAAGACCUAUACCUGCCUUAGGGUAUAUGAGACUGCUCAAUUCGAUAUGGCACUGAUCAGUGAAUAUGAUGGUUGUUGGUACAAAAACGAUUGUUACCUUCCUGGAUUUGAGUUCAGAGAUGACAGAUGUUACAAGAGAACUUGUGAAAUCAAUCGCUCCAAGGCUGACAAUAAAAUCCGCAGCAAUAUCAAAUUCAUCAGUACCGUUGCAGACUGUCCUAACGCCGAUGGAGGCUGUGUUGGACCGAUGACGAGUAACUUUGACUGCUUCCUCAAUGGGGUAUACGAGUCUCAUUGCAUCUGCAAAAAGAAGGGAUCGAUCGUGUUUCUCGACAGUCUUAUGCGUUUUGGUGCAAAGGUCCCAACGAUCGGAGGUAACGCCAACGGAACCUACUGCUUUUUCAAGUUCUGGGCGAAUGGUCAAUACAACAAUAAAUGUAUCCUUGAAGGCAGGGACAAGGAAUGGUGCGCUACCACUGACAACUACGACCGAGAUGGCAAGUGGGGAUACUGCACAGAGAGCCCACGGUACCGAUACACCAAGGAUAGCACGAAAUGUCAUCUCCCAUUCAAAUAUAACGGCAUGCUGUACCACGACUGCACUACGGAUGGCAGUGAGAAUGGUGAAGCUUGGUGUUCGACACAGUUCAAGUACGACCCGAAAAAGAAGGGCAUCUGUGACUUGUCAAACGAGUAACUCCGCGUCAGCGCUGUCGCUGAGGAAUUUCUGGUUACUGAAAGAAUAUUUGAGGUCAAAAACGGAAUGAAAAAAUAAAGUAUAUCUGCGUUUA